UUCCCUGGUUCAUCCAUUUUAUGUGAACCAAACAAAAUCACCAAGCGUUUUUGCGUUCUUCAUCUUCUACCUUUCGCCAGUUCAGGAACCCCCAAAACCCUAGAUCAAACGCUGCCGCCACCGUUUCUCGAUUCUCGGUGGUGGAAAACUGCCGUUCUCUGUUCCGAAAUUCGAAUAUCUGCUAUUUUUUUUCUUCUCUCGCUCUGAUUUCGAUUGCAGUUUCUAGGGUUUCUGUGUUUCUGAUUUGGGGUUUCGGAAAUGGGAAGCAGAAAGGAAGAAGAGAGGAACGAGAAAAUUAUUAGAGGUCUCAUGAAGCUUCCGCCGAAUCGAAGAUGUAUAAACUGCAACAGCCUGGGACCACAAUAUGUAUGUACGAGUUUUUGGACUUUCAUUUGUAUGACAUGCAGUGGAAUACAUCGUGAGUUUACUCAUCGUGUGAAGUCUGUGUCAAUGGCAAAGUUCACUUCACAAGAAGUUGAUGCUCUUCAAAAUGGAGGUAACCAGCGUGCAAGGGAAAUAUAUUUGAAAAAUUGGGACUUCCAGAGACAGCGGUUGCCAGAUAACAGCAAUGUUGAAAAAAUAAGGGAAUUUAUAAGGAAUGUGUAUGUGGAUGGAAGAUAUGCUGGAGCGAAGUCUUCAGAAAAGCCUCCAAGAGAUGCACAGAGCCCUGGAAUUCAUGAAGAUGAGAUUAGGCGUGCCAGUUCUUAUCAUUCAUAUUCUCAAAGUCCUCCGUAUGAUUAUCAAUAUGAGGAUAGGCGGUAUGGAAAACAAGCAGCUGCACUGACCAGGAAGCCUGGUUCAGAUAAAGCUCGCUAUGAAGGGAAGAUGUCUAGUAUUAUCUACAGUCCUGGCCGCUUCAGUGAUCACGCGUAUGAUGACAGAUUUGCGAAUGAGGGAUCUGGUCCAAGAAUUUCUGACUUUUCUGUGUCUAGUGGUGGUGAACAAUUCAAAUCCGAUGUUCAGUCUCCCAAUUUUCAUAAGGAUAUCAAGAUUAGAAGUCCAUCCUAUCAGCAGCGUUCUGGUUCUGGUUCUAGUUCAAGUGAAGAUGUGUGGUAUCAAGCAAGAAAUGCAUCUUUGGAAACUAAUGCCAAUGCCAAGAGAGAUGCAGAUGGAAUUCGUCCUCCACAGAGAACUGUGUCAGCACAAUCAAGAGACAACAAAUUUCCAUCCUUGAGAUCUUAUAAUUCUGGCAGUUUAGUUGAUUUUUUCUCAGAACCAGUCCAAGCUUCAGAACCACUUCAGAAUAAAGCAUUUGGCAUUCCCAGACCACCUGGUCCUACAAGAUCUGUUAGCAUGGACCUCUCCAAGGCACCACUGGAAUCAGCUUCAUCUGUUGAUCUUUUUCAGUUACCAGCAGCACCAUCUCAAGCUCCAACAUUGGAUUUGUUUCAAUCAUCUCUUUCAUCGGCAGAUCCAUCUUUCAACGAGAAUCAACUUAGUCAAACAUCCCAUCUUGCAUCUAUUGAUUUUUUUUCCGAUUUUUCUCCGCAGCCUUCUACUGUAACCUCAGAUGGGAAGGCACUGGAAUUAUCUGUCCCUAAAAAUGAAGGAUGGGCAACUUUUGAUAUGCCUCAGAGAACCUCCUCUACUGCACAAGUGGAAAUUCCAACCACUGUACCCUCAAAUGCUAAAUCUUUAGAAGAAAAAUUUGAUCCAUUUUCUACCUCAAAUGCAAACAUGCAAUGGCCAUCUUUUGAUAUGCCUCAAAGCACCUCCUCUACUGCACAAGUGGAAAUUCCAGCCACUGCACCCUCAAGUGCUAAAUCUUUACACGAAACAUUUGAUCCAUUUUCAAGCUCAAAUGCAAACAGGCAAUGGCCAUCUUUUGAAAUUUCUAGUGUCAGUGUACCUUCUUCAGUUACAUCUAAUUUAUGGCAUGAUGGUGUGUGGAAUGGAGAAGAACAAGUUUCUGCUAUGGCAGCAAACACUCAACCAUGGAAUGCAUUUGAAGAUUCUGGUGGCCAUCAUCCUGUGGAUUCCCUUAGUCAAGGAUUACAAUUGCACAAUUUUCCAUCAGCUGAUAAUCAUAUUUUGGGUUUAAGAGAGUCUGAGGGAUCCAAUGAAGAUGGAGUUAAAGGCUUUGCCCCUGUUGGUGGAUUUGAUAAUCAUGACAUCCCAUCUCAUGUCAGUUGCUCAGCAUAUCCCCCACCCAUGCUUCCUCCAAUGGGAGAUAUUCAACCUAAUCAAAUGAAAUCUAAAUCAACUAAUCCAUUUGAUUAUCCCUAUGAAUCUGAUGUAGAUCACAACAAUAUGUUUCUUGAUAUGAGCUCUUUGCAAGCUGCACUGCCAGAUGCCCUGUUUCCAGCCACCUUCCAUGGUGGGAUAGCUGAAUCUUGGCUUCCUCAAAACACGGUGACCCCAUAUAUAUCAUCUGCUGGAGAAGGUGGUUUGUCAUUCAUGGCUAUGCAAUCACCAAGUACGCAAAUACAGAACAUCCAGAAACCGGAAACAGUUGAUUCGAUCCGGGGAAAUCCUUUUGCAUAGGAUUGUGCUGUAGAAUGUACUAUUCCUUUUCAUAGAAAUUUAUUGGCAGCCAGUGCAGUUGAGCGUGGAAGUAAUUGUAAUGUUUUGUUAAGAGCAAAAUGUAGUUCAUCACUUCGCUUCCACUUGAGGACCACCUUGCAAUUUUUAGUCCCCCAUAUAUAUUCGGGCCAGAUCAUGCAUUUGCAAUACUGUAAUUGAGUGAUAGUUUUCUUGAUGUUUAAUUAGUGAUCUGGCUGGUAUUGAACUUUACUGAGAGACUAUUGAGGGUAUUUUUCACUUUGUUCAUAAUUAUAAUAUAAUUGUAAUUAUAUGAGAGCUUCUGAUUGGCACGCACGUCCAAUUCAUGUAUAAAUGCGGAUUACGGUUUUUUUUUUUCCGGUUUAA